AUGGAAAAAAUGAAACUGAACAUUAUGUUUUCGACAGAGGAGCAUGUGCAAUUAUUAAAAAAUAGAGCAGAAAAUCUUAAAGUUUUCUGUAUCUCAAAUAUACCAAUUUAUGCACAAGCUAAAGAUGAUUUAGUUAUAAAAAUCAAAAACUGCGAAUUUACAAUUAAUGCUUACUGUAUUCCCGGAAUUCAGCUGGAUCUAAGUUUCAAUGAUUUAUUAAACAAUGAUUUUAUGAUACUAUUUGAUAAUGAUUAUCUAUUUCUUAUUAAAAUAUCUAGCUGA